AUGAGCUUGCAGCUGCGCGUUGGCAGCUCGCAAGAACGACGACCUGCAUACCGAGGCAAGACACGGCAACUGCUUCGUCUGAGCGACGUUCCAGAUUCGCCUUCAUCCUCUGCUGCGUUUUGCGAAGCUAUCGACUCUGAUGGACGUGCGUGUUGGGCCCCGCUCCCGUCGACCGCGGGCGACCCAUGGUGCUACAAACAUCAUGAUGAAUGGGAAUCGAUGACAAUGCGAUGGGCCAAGAUCCACAAAGAAGCGGAAAAGUUGAUGGUCACCGGCCUGGAUGCCGCGAAACAAAAGAUCAUGAAGUUGCGCCAGUCGGUCGAUCUCAGGCGACUACUCCAGGAUCGAUUUUAUCCCCGCGGCGGAGACAUUCAAGACUACAUAAGAUGGAUUCACAAGAUGGAGAGCGAUGUCAGGGCCCUCGCUGAUGCGCUACUAAUGUCAAACCUGAAUCGCGGCCCGACUCCAGAGACACCAGGAAUCCAUACCACUUCUCCACACCCAGACAAGUUCAAGAAUGGCAGCGAGAAGAUCAUGAUUCUCCGAUCACCAUUAGAUCCUCGCAUACCAAUAAACUCGCUCGACGGUCUGCCCGAUGAUGGCACCAUCCUGGUACUAAAGCACUUCUACCUGGAUCUUUGCGCCGACAGCAUUCGCCGACUAUACGCCAUCGUUCCCGAUCUUGACGAUACAACCAAUCGUCCCGUUUCGCCAGGUACAAAGGAGCAGACUGGCCCAGAUACGGGUACAGACAUCAUUCGCGCAUGGUUUCGUAUCAUGGUUCUGAACGAUAGUGAAGCUGCAAUCUUAGAGCACGCUACAAGGUCCAAAAGUAUCAACGAUUUUCUCAUGGGCUGCCAAGCCAGCCAACUAGAGAUGUACUGUGACUUCUUCGAGAAAGCCUGGCGUCCUCAUGCUGUCCAGUAUCUUCGUGUUGCCAUAUGCGCUCAGACACUCGCUGGUGGUGACAUCAAGACGAUCCAACUCCUGGGAGGCACGAUACCGAGUACCACAGAAGGCCUCAAAAUGACGAAGCCGUGCUGGGACAUACUCUACCGGUGGUUCCCGACACUGCUCACUCCAUGGACACUCGCCAGCAUUUGCUCCAACUUUGAGGACUACACGACGAUCUGCAAGCUCCUCAUGAUGAAGCUGUACAACGAACACUGGUACGAUCCAAAAAGCAUACUGGGCGAAUGCUCAACCGGUGUGUACAUGGGCUUCAUACCAACAAGCAAGGGUGACUUCACAUCGAAUACUGGUCUGAAGCAAGAAGACGGACUUUGGGUGCAGCGACAAUCGCGCAACUAUCUGUGUGGGCAAAUGGCGAUCGGUCAUCCUCUAACCCAAGCCUUCUUAGAUGAGCUCCGAAAGCGAACAGCGUCACUAUACCUCGUUGUUUACGAGGGUACACACGCUGACGCUACCGUUCACCCUACGGAGCCCGACCUGUUCAUUAGCCGUCAUCGAUCAGCUAUAACACUGGACGAGCUGGACAAUGUCGACUUCACGACGACACUCACUCUGGAGGAGAUCAAGAACCAGCUACGCAUGAGGAAGACAUCGAUGUACGACCCCAUCGUGGUGGACUCGUGGCAAUUCAUCAUCAUCGACCGCGAAGUUGGUCUGCCUUUCCGACUGAUAGACAUCGUGCAGGACGCGUUACUCAUGCUGGUCGGAGACCCAUCACCAAGACAAAUGGCCAAGCGUGUCAUUCGCGAGAUCAUCCCCUCAUCUGUGCAAGAGAUAUAUCUCGAGGAGAUUCAGAUCGAAUGCACGGCCGAAUUGCGCUACCCUCCACCAGGCGAGAUACAGCAUGAAGGAAACAGGUGGAGAUGCUUUGAUCCUGACCCCACCAUUCUCGCUGCGAAGCAAACGAAGACGACUUUGCAAACCGUUAACAGGGACGACAACCGCUUCAUCCGCCGCUUUAUUGAGGACAUGGAACGCUAUGGCAUCGUCAGCCUUGCGCCUGAGUUCGAGGCGCCACAAACCUAUCCCGUGAUUGUUCAAGGUUCGGACGGAGCACCUGACAUUUACUUCCCUUACGAAGACAAUGCGACAAGAGCGGAAGGGGAACGCAGUCCAUCACUACCCCUGCCGCCAAAGACGUGUCUUACCGAGUUCGCGCAGGCUUACAAGCAGAAACAUCCGAACGCGAUAAUGGCGAAGGGCUCGAUACAGACACACUACUGCGCAUGGCCCAUGCCGGCGAUCAAGAGUCUAGGCAAGAGUGGUCUGAACUUUGCGACGUGGGAAGGUCAUGUCUACCGCUGGAAUGCUAUGCCAUUCGACCGCCCCUCUUCAGCAAACGCCUGGCAAUACUACAUCCAGCACUUCCUCAACUCCAAAUACCCCUUCGUCAUGUUCUACCUGACCACCUUCGUUAUCUGCGCCACAGAUCAAGACGACGCAGACCGCAAGACAACGACGAUACUAGAAGAGAUGGAAGAUAGAGGGUGGAGAGUCACUCUGCCGAGGCUGCAUGAGUGGACUAGCGAUAUCGAUGAGUUGAAGUUGGAGAAGCUGUAUAAUGGCAUUCACCCGGCGUAA